CCACAUUUCGAAUAUUAUUUCAGCACUUGCAAUACGUUCACAGUGGGCAAACCAACUUUAAAGUUCGAUGUGAACUUGGUCCAUUAUGUGGAACGAUAUACACGAACUUUAAAGCUUACAAAGCACAUGUCUAUAGAGAACAUGUAAAUCUUCUUCAUGAAGAUUUAUGUAAACAAGAAGUACAAUUUGAUACCGGUACACACACGAACAAAGUGUCUCCAUCAACGUAUGAUGAUUCACAAUUAGACUUUAGCAUUCAAGAGAACGAUUUAGAAGACAACGGAAGCGAGAAUGUAGGAGAAAGCGAUGAUGAAACUAGUUUUUGUUGGUUAUUACUUAAAGAAGCGAAAACUCGAUUGUUAAAGAAAAAUGUCUAUUUAGAUUCAUUUGAAAAGUUUUAUUUCGAAUUACUAUUAAAUCUGAGAGAAGGUUAUUCUUUACCACAAAAUAUAAUCCAAGCAAUCACAUUCGGAUUUAAAUCGUUGAUUGAGCUAAUCCAUGAAUUAUUAAAAAUUCAAAUUCAAAGUUCCUUCACUCGAUGCCAAACAACAACUUCUUCUUUAUCAACAGACAAUUUUAUUUCACCGGUUGAUGUUAACAAAUUAAUUUCGAAUAUUAUAUUAUCUAUACAUCAAUGAAGUCUGAUUUCCUCUCACUCAGAAAUAUUUUGUGCUAUGUGCUUUGGUUUACAAAUAGUCGUUCAUUUUGCGCCAUGUUUAUUGUUUUUCUCGCGUUUUGUCGAUUCUAACUUUUCCUUGCAGAGAAAUGUCAUUUUUGGAUGAUUUCAUAGAGAGAAUGACAGAUGUUACAAAAAAUGAAUGCAACUUUUAGAGAUUGUGCAAGAAAUAUUUCUUUUACGAACCAGCAAAAGAAAUAAAGUUAAGCAAUCCGAAUCAAGUAGCAUAUUAUAUACCAAUACAAUCUAGUAUUAGACCAAUGUUGAAUAAGCAUAAUGUAUUAAAUAUGUUAAUCAAAAAUUAUAAUGAAACAAUUAGUUGUAGUGCUCUUGAUCUUGAUCUUAUGUACGAUUAUCGUCGUGAAUCACAAGCAAAAUAA